AAAGUGUAAACAAAGUUGUGUGAAAAAUGAAUCCGCUAACAAAUAUGAAAAAUGUGCUUAAAUUAAGCGAACACGAACUUAAAAAUCCCAAUGGCAAGAGCUGGCAUGAUAUGUACCGCGACUCCGCAUGGAUAUUUGUCGGCGGCUUUCCAUACACUCUAACUGAGGGCGAUCUAGUGUGCGUGUUUUCCCAGUAUGGCGAGGUGGUCAACAUAAACCUGGUGCGAGACAGCAAGACGGGCAAGUCCAAGGGAUUUUGCUUCAUCUGCUUUGAAGAUCAACGCUCGACAGUGCUGACAGUGGACAACUUGAAUGGCAUAAAGAUUUUAGAUCGCACACUGAGAGUGGAUCAUGUGAAUAACUACAAACCGCCCAAAGAUAAUGAAAAAACUGAUGAGGAGACAUUAAGACUCUAUAUGGAAGGCUGUGCACCAAAGCCGAUAAUCAAGCCUGCUACAGAGGAUAAAGAAAAGAGUGUAAAGCACGAGGAAUAUAAUAUCAAGAAAGAAAAGAAGUCCAAGCGUAGCAAAAGUUCCAAGGAAAAGAAGUCGAAAAAACGUAGAUAUAGUUCGGAUUAAAGUAUAGUUUAAUGAGUUGU